CGUACAGUAAAAUGCAGUUUCACGUACUCCACAGUACUUGUCACAGUGCGAAUGGUGGAUUGGUGUCAUCCCGUCCUCACAAAAUAAGUUUGAUCAAAACUUUUUGCUCACUCGAACGCUUUUACUAAGCAAAACCCACUUUGUCAAGUAAAAGAAAAGCAAACUACAACCAUGGCCGAGGAACCAACCAAGACGGAAGAGCACAUGACCCUGGACGUUGACGAGAUCGCUGACAUUGAUGAACCUUGGAUGAAGUACCAUGAAUUUGCUUGCGAGGUUGAUCCCGAUCAGGACUACAAGUCCAACGAAAUCAAGUUGUGCAAUUUCUCCCGUCCCCACAUGCGUGCCUUUCACUGCUCGUGGAUGGGAUUCUUCAUUGCGUUCUUUAUCUGGUUUGCCAUUGCUCCUUUGCUAUCGGAAAUCAAGGAUACACUCGGAUUGACCAAGAAGGAAAUCUGGACAUCCAGUAUCGUGGGAGUCGCUGGAACCAUUGCUAUGCGUUUCAUUUUGGGUCCUCUCUGUGACAAAUUUGGUGCCCGUGUCCUCAUGUCGGGGAUUCUAUGCAUUGCCAGUGUCCCAACCGCCUGCACUGGUUUGAUUAACUCUGCCGCUGGAUUGGCCAUUCUACGUCUCUUUAUCGGUAUUGCCGGAGGUACCUUUGUCAUGUGCCAAUACUGGUCCAGCCGCAUGUUCACCAAGAACGUUGUGGGAACAGCCAAUGCCCUCGUGGGAGGAUGGGGAAACUUGGGAGGAGGUGUUACACAGCUCGUCAUGGGAUCCUUGCUCUUUCCCCUCUUCAAGGAGAUCUUCAAGAACUCUGAGGAUCCCGCAGAGAAGGCUUGGCGUACAGUCAGCAUCGUCCCUGCCGUGGUUGCCUUUGGCUUGGGUGUCACCAUCUUCUUUGUCAGUGAUGACGCUCCAACUGGUAACUACGCCGAACUCAAGCGUCGUGGAGCCAUGCCCGAGAUCUCGGCUGCCGCGUCGUUCCGAUCUGGUGCUUUGAACUUGAACACAUGGAUCCUAUUCGUCCAAUAUGCGUGCUGCUUCGGUGUCGAGUUGACCAUGAACAAUGCUGCCGCUCUCUACUUCAAGGAUGAGUUUGGCCAAUCUACUGAAUCCGCUGCUGCUAUUGCAUCCAUUUUUGGAUGGAUGAAUCUGUUUGCUCGUGGUAUUGGAGGAUGGGGCAGUGACAAGGCCAACGCUAGACUUGGAAUGCGUGGACGUUUGGCUGUCCAGACCGUCUUGCUCCUUGGCGAAGGCUUGUUGGUUCUUCUAUUUGCCAACACUGGAAGUUUGGGCCUUGCCAUUGUCGUCAUGGUUUUCUUCAGUCUCUUUGUGCAAGCCGCCGAAGGUUCCACCUAUGGUAUCGUUCCUUAUGUCGAUCCUCCAUCCACUGGAUCGAUUGCAGGUAUUGUCGGAGCUGGUGGAAACACUGGAGCCGUGUGCUUCGGUCUUGGUUUCCGCCAACUGGAAUACUUUGACGCUUUCAUGUUGAUGGGUGCCGUCAUUCUUGCAUCUUCCGUAUUGUCCGCUGGGGUGUUCAUCAAGGGUCAAUCCUCCUUGUUCUGUGGAGGCAGCGAACAAAUGACGGUGGAAAAGGCAAAUGCUCAAGCCGGUCAAACACUCAUGGUUCCAGAACCAGACGUGGAGAUUGCUGCCAAGAUGGAUCUUGAUGAUGUCAUCGAAGAGAUUGAAGCCUAAGUUGCCAAUCUGCUGAAUGGUGUAUCCAGACUGCUAUUAUGGAUGCCGAGAGGCUCGAAACAAGAAAUUUGGGAGCCCGCAAGCAAGAUGCCAGCCUUGCUUGACUUUGUGUGUUUCAUGUUGUGAAGUAAGAGGAGUUUGAAUUAAUUAGUAUAUUGUUAUGCUAC